CCAGACCCACACCAGUGUCCUCUGUCCAAGGUCUCUCCAUCUCGAGCUACCAGCCUACCACCGCGCCGUGAGCUAGCGGCAAGAGUAGAAAGCCAUGAAGAACCCUGCCGUUCCGGCCAAGAGGCGCCACGGCGGCGGCGGCGCGGGGUUCGCGCUCGGGUGCGGCUGCAAGGACGCCAAGAGCGUGUCGGUGUCGGUGUCCUCGUCCGCGUCGCCGUCCGCGACGACGGGGACGUCGACGACGACGACGGUGACACGUCGCAGGAGCGCCGGGGCGAACCCGUGGGCGUCCACGACGACGGACACCCUGACGACCCUGACGUCCGCGUCGUCGUCGUCCCUCUGGGAGGACGCCGUGGCGGAGCUGGGAUACAAGGACGGCGGCUGCAGGAUGCUGCCGGAGAGCUCCGUCGUCACCACGCCGAGCUUCUCCGGCCUGCUGCGCGAGCUCAGCGAGCUGGAGCGGAGCGUCGCGUCGUGGGGCGCGCGGAAGGGCCAGAACCGCCACGAGGACAAGCUCUCGCCGCCGCCGCCGCCGCGGCAUGAGCACAGGAAAGCCAAGGGCGACGCCAAGGCGGCGGGCGACUUGAGGGCGGCCAAAGAGGCCCCCUUCGGUGAUGCGGCCGGCGACGGCGGCGGCGCGGGGCUCGAGGGCAGCGUGGCGGUGGUGAAGCAGUCGGACGACCCGCUCGGCGACUUCCGGCGGUCGAUGCUGCAGAUGAUCGUGGAGAACGGGAUCGUCGCCGGCGAGGACCUGCGCGAGAUGCUCCGGCGCUUCCUCACCCUCAACGCGCCGCACCACCACGACGCCAUCCUCCGGGCCUUCGCCGAGAUCUGGGACGACGUGUUCGUCGCCGCCUCCCUCGACUGCGCCACCCCCCGCCGGGCCUCCUCCGCCUCCCGCCGCGAACCAGGCUGUAGGCCGCCCGUGCCCAGGACGCCGCCACGCCACCGCCGCUCACCACAGGCGUGGCGCGUAUAAUGCCUGCACUUACCGUAUACCGUAUACGUGCAUCGUCUUUUGUUACCCUGGCAAUGUACGUCACCUGGAACCAAGAUAAGUUCAUUCCAUACCAUUUUCCCCGUGAAAAAAGGAAGAAAAUGCGGCAGUACCUUUUUGUGUA